UCCUAACAUCAGAACCCCACCAACAAAAAAGACGCUGAGUCCAAGUUCAAGUAGAUCUCUGAAACCUACGAUGUUCUUAGUGAUCCUCAGAAGAGAGCGGUGUAUGAUCAAUACGGUGAGGAAGGGCUCAAAGGGAAUGUGCCACCUCCUAAUGCUGCUGGUGGAGCCUCCUUCUCCUCAUCAGGAGAUGGACCUUCACCUUUCAAAUUCAACCCCAGGAGCGCGGAUGAUUUAUUCGCUGAGAUUUUCGGGUUUUCAAACCCGUUUGGUGGAGGAGGAGGAGGUGCUGGUGCCAGUGGAGGGCAGAGAUUCUCUAGCCGCAUGUUUGGGGAUGAUAUGUAUGGUUCGUUUGGUGAAGGAGGUGGUGGUGGAUCUAUGCAUCAUCACCAUCAUGGUGCAGCUAGGAAAGUGGCUCCAAUUGAGAACAAGCUGCCUUGUAGCCUUGAAGAUCUUUACAAAGGAACCACCAAGAAGAUGAAGAUCUCCAGAGAGAUUGUAGAUGUCAGCGGCAAAGUAAUGCAAACAGAAGAGAUUCUAACCAUUGGAGUGAAACCAGGAUGGAAGAAAUGCACAAAGAUCACAUUCCCUGAGAAAGGCAACGAGCAUCCGGGAGUGAUUCCAGCGGAUCUUGUCUUCAUCAUCGACGAGAAACCCCAUCCGGUGUUCACACGCGAGGGAAACGACCUGAUUGUCACACAGAAGGUUUCAUUAGCUGAUGCACUGACAGGGUACACAGUAAACCUAACGACUCUUGAUGGUCGGAUGCGUACAAUCCCAGUCACAAACGUGAUCCAUCCAGAGUAUGGAGAGGUGGUGCCUAAAGAGGGGAUGCCACUUCAGAAAGAUCAGACGAAGAAAGGGAACUUGAUCCUCAAGUUCAACAUCAAGUUCCCAGCGAGAUUAUCUGCAGAACAGAAGGCUGGGUUUAAGAAGCUUCUUGGGUGAUGAUUCAAAAGCUUUGCUUCUGCCUUGUGAUGUUUGGAUUGGUAAUAUACGGUUUGUAAGGAAUUUUUUGUUGGUUAACGUAACUCGCUCAAGGUUUGGUACAUGUCUUUUAUAUUAUCCUGUCUAAAGAAAUGAGACUAUUGUUCAGUGAGGGCAGAACCAAUGCCGUAACGGCGUGGGGAACAUGAGGAAGAAGCCGCCACAAACGACACC